AUGCCAUCGCUCAUUCUCCUCGCUGUCCUGAUUUCCGUGCCUCUCGUUCUCUUCAUAGGCAUGUCGUGGCUGAUUCUCUCCUCCUGUCUUGGAGAUGAGGUUCGUCUACGGAUCUCUGGUAUCUCCAUGAAUCCCCGAGAAGCACUAUUUGAUCGUAAUUACCUUCGAGGGGUCACUUCUAAUGGCCAAGGAACCUGGAAUCAGAUUGAGAUGGAUGAGAUGUUGGGCGAAAGCCCCAGAAGCUCUGUUGAUUCCCAUCACUCAUGA